AGUACUCGUCCGACGAAAGUGUGAUCACGAACUGUACUUAGUGACUUCGUCCAAUUUGGCCAUCACCGCAGAUCCGGGUCUCAGCUGUCCUCUGGCUAAUCUCGGAGCAGGUUGAUUGCGAUAUUCAUAAUUGUAGGACAAGCCCAGAAGACGCGGCAGUCAUGUUCGGAGAGAGACACGUUCUUGCAGAUCUUUCAACUGGUCAAAGAGAGCCUGAUGAUUUUGACGUUGGAAGGCUGCGAACGGUGGACUAUCUUUUGGACACCAGAGUGUUGACUUACGAACCCAUAUUGAGCCUCUUGGCUGUCGGCACGACAAGUGGUCUGAUUUGUGUGGUGGGCGGUCCUGGUGUAGAGUGUUCAGUUCAGACGCCAGAAGGCACUCCUGUCAAGAUUUUACAGCUUGCCGCAUCCACGGACAAACUCCUCUCUGUCGAUGACCGGGAUCGACUUCACAUCUGGGACUUGAAAGAUUUGACUAAACCGCCGAAGUCGACGAGAUUUGACCAUGCUAUCAAUGCUGUUGUGUUGUCACCUUCGCAUACGCAUGUCUUCCUUGCCCUGCAAUCCGGAGAGAUCAGAACGUACGAUCUUCUGUGUCUGAAGAAGUCACCAUAUGUCAUCCCGAACUUGUGGGAUAUGUAUCAGACAAAGAUCGCGAGCAGUGUGGACCUUAGCAACAUACCCGUCGAUAUAGUUGUUCAUCCACGAGACCUCAACUUGAUGUUCAUAGCCUUCGGUGCUGUUUAUUCCCUGUUUCAGUCUUCACGCAACAUUCUACGGGCAUACGAACUUGUAAUCCCUGCUGGUGCACCAGGAGGGGGGGGAUAUCACCAAUCUGAAGUGCUCACACAUCGGCGACCCUCUGUUACUUCUGUGGCCAUUCACCCAGCUGGGCAUUUCUUUGCUGUGGGUUAUGCAGACGGCUGUGUUGCCUUUUGGGCGAUGGAAGAUGAAGAUCAGCCUCUGCUGGUGCGAACAGCCACAGACCUAGACGUGAAUGUCAUAAACGGAGAGGAGCUUGAAAAAUUCCUACAGAAUGGGGGUUCAUCCAAUCAAGAGAAGGGAAGUAAUUUCCCGGAACGUCAGCCAAUCUACAGGGUUGCUUGGUGUGGCUUCCCGAACUCUUCAGAUCCUCGAGGAGGAGCAACUGCUCUAGUCGUAUUAGGAGGCGACAGAAGUGACGACCCUUGUCGGUUAACCGUACACAUAAUGCCCGCUUUCGACUCUACAGAACCUCCUGCUACAUCUGGUUCCAAAUCUGGGCUCCACCCUUCUAUCCGAAAGGCAAUGCGACUUUCAGUAAUUCCGUUAGAAACGACUUAUUAUCUAGCAUCAGGGCCUGUUUAUGACUUCAUCCUUUUCCCAAAGUCUAAUCCGCAUUUUUCUGGUUGCUGGGAUUCUGUCGCCCUGCUUUUUCUCACUGUAACCUCUGGUUCACGGAUGGUUGAGGCUCGACAGUUCCCGCCUCCGAAAUCGAUGUCUCCGCUUUCGGGAACAAAUGCCCAAAGUAGCAGAAAAGAAGACGAUGUCGCACAUGACCUCCCCGCGACGCUCGAGGACAUGACACUUAGUGGCGAACCUCGACCAAUGCAUGUUCCUUCAAAUUUGUGCAGUGGGCUUGGCGGGGUAUUUUAUGUACAACUCUUGACUCUGCAGCGAGCUAUGCACGAUGUACUUGUGGGACAGCAACCCAUGCCCUGUGACACCGAUUUACCCAUCGCUGGAGGGUCUGCAUGGAUGGACGACAAAAGACUCAGUGAGCUGAGGCUCUCCAGGAGCCACCCGCGCCGAAUCCUUAUCAGCUGUCAUCACGACUCCACUGUUCGUUUUCAUGACAUCAGUCCUAACCUUCUCAUCAGUUCCAGUGCAUCUCCCCUUCAGAAGAAUUGGCCUUGCCCAAUCCAUGAUCUCACUAUAAAUCUUAGUUUUGUACCACUUUCCAGUCCCCCAGAAGUUGCCACUGUUCAGGUAGCCCCCGAAUCCUUAGAGUGUGUUGUGCUGCUGAAAUCAGGCGACCUCCUGGUAUAUCAAUUGAACACCGUGCAAGCGAAUCCUCCCACCGAAACAAACGACGACAAAGAGCUUGUCCUGCUGGGCAACGUCGAUUCAGGACCAGGAACAAAAUACCAUCCUUUCGUGAUGCUGCCCCAUAGUAAUGUUUCCCUGACAUGUUACGCAUUGUCGGACAUAGGGUUCAUCGGUGUUGGUUAUAUCGAUGGCUCUGUCGCAGUGAUUGAUCUGCGUGGACCAUCUCUCCUUAGACCGCAGAGUCAGAAAAGACAGUCUAACCUUCUGGUUCGCCAUCAGGAUGCGGGUCCCGUAGUCUCUCUGACAUGGACUGUAUCCGCUAUUAGCAUCGACGCACAACUCGCUGUGCGACUAAUAGCGAUCCAUGAGUCUGGCAACACACAAAUCUUCAAGAUCAUCCGGGAUCCAAAGUCCUCGCUAUAUAAUUUUGCACAAGAUGUCACCAAGGUCGAGGGCCUGCAGAAUACCCUGCAAGGUGGUUCAUUCGUGAUCGACUCGCAGAAAGGUGCUCCUUGGCGUGCCGAUCGAUCACGUUUUGCCGCGUCUCUUCAAACUCAAGAUAGCAAUCAUGAUCACUGCUUCUGGGUAACAGCAAGUACUAAGGGUGCUCGUUGCAUGCUUGAUAUCUCGGGGGAGAGGAUUGCCAAAGUAGAAUGGAAUUGCAAGAAAAACAAAGUUGGACAUGUCCAAGUGAUCGAGAGGAACAAUUCUCGUGUGCUCGUAGCAUUCAAUGACAAACCAGAAGCUAUGGUUUACUCCUUGCCUUAUCUAGAGCAUCUGCAUACUUUCUCUCUUGCAAAAGUAUGCGACAACGUGGUGUCUGUGGACGAAACGGGAGAUUUCAUUGGGACGAGGUGUCACGAGUCAGGCGUGCUUGAACAGAUCGUAUUUGGCACACUUUUCAAGACUCGUCGUGUUUAUGAUCAUCCAAUCGUUGAUCUAACAAGUUUCCACCGCGAGAUCCCCCCUCACCCGCAGCCAGUGUCCGCUGGUCCCCCUUCGCUCCUGGGCUCUUGGUUCCGGUAUGGAACGCCCAUUAUGACUGGAGAACAGCUCGACGAACUGCUUGCUGGCCCCGACAGACCUACACCACCACCGGUUCUUGUGCAAACGUCACAGAAUACAACCGCCGGCGAUGGAUCCGGUGUCGUAAGGAUAAUGGAAAACGCUCGCAAUGACGUGUUUAACCGUCUAAAUAAUGCUCUUGCUGAAAGGGGGGAGAUGUUGGGAAAUCUUGAGCAACAGAUUGAUUCCCUCCAACAAGGCAGCAAAGAUAUGGUGGCGCAGGCUAAGAGACUUGCGACUGAGCAGGGGGCCAGACGUUGGUUCGGCUUCUGAGUUGACCGAUAAGAGACAAGUCUCACCCAAACACACUCAAAAUCCCA